AUGAUAUCCAGAAGCAUCAUUGAUGCUUUUGUGCCUCUUUUUAUCAGGAACACUGAACCCGAAACAAUUGGUAGAGGAAAGUUAGCUAUCCCUAAACUGAAAAAGAUCGAUUUAGAGCAUUUAUUGAAUAGCGUUAUGAUUUUAUUCAAACAGGAAGACACAUUGCUCAAUCUCGAAGGAGACUUCAAUGUUGUCGGAGAUAUUCACGGCAAUUUACGCGAUUUAAUCCGAAUUUUCAACUAUUGUGGAUCCCCAAGUUCCAACAAAUUCAUCUUUUUAGGCGACUACGUUGACAGAGGAGACAUGUCAAUAGAAGUUGUUGUCUUGCUCUUUGCCUUUAAGCUUGCUUAUCCAAAUAAUAUCUAUUUAAUUCGUGGCAACCACGAGUUUGAGAUCAUUAACACAUAUUAUGGAUUCCAUCAACAAGUUUUAUCUUCAUAUGACGAUGAUAUGUACGAUUUAUUUAACGAAGUUUUUUCGUAUUUACCACUUGGAGCUGUUGUCAAUCAAAAAUAUCUCCUUGUUCAUGGUGGUAUUAGUCCAUACCUUAAGUCUAUUGACCAAAUUGCAAACAUUAAACGUCCAAUUACCGAUUUUAUCGAAGGACCUGACGCAAAUUUGAUAACUGACAUAAUGUGGAGUGAUCCAUCGAGGAUUUACAGUCUUUUUCAUCCAAGCCCACGUGGAUUUGGCUAUGUUUACGGCCACGACGCAAUGAAUGACUUUUUACGUCAAAAUAUUGUUAAAUAUGUUGUUCGUGCUCACCAAUGCGUUACAAACGGAUACGAAGAAAACUUUGGUGGAUCUGUGAUCACGGUUUUCUCUUCCAGCAAUUAUUGCACGAUGCCCGCAAACUCAAGCAGUAUCCUUGAAAUUCAUCCCGAAGAACCCCAUAGAGCAUCAGUGUUUCCACCAAUAAAACACCUUAGAAAGUUCGAAUGCGAUUUCAAAAUUGUUGAUUGUAUUGAUACAAUUCCUCUUUGUAAGAAACUCAAUCCAAACACAAAACACAAUAGUAUGAGGAAUUGGCAAAUGAGCAAGAGACCUAUCCUGUCAACAGCCUUCCCACCAAAGUCUCUCAGACCUGAUGAUUCAAGAUUACUUUCACCAUACAACUCUAUUGGUGAAAUACCAAAGAUUACGAUAAUACCAUCUCCUCAAAUUAAGAAGUGCAUUUCAAUACCUUCGGAGUUACAUCUUGACUAG